AGUGGAGUCGCGGUCGUGGUAUGUCAUGGCUUGGAUGAUUGUGGCAGAGCUGAGCUCGUAGCUGGGAGCAAAGAUUUCGGAGAUUUCGGAGAUUUCUAGCUCAAUCGGCUUCUAGGGCAAGGGGAGCAGCUGGAAGGAGCUGGAGAGCCUUGGAAUUACAUGAGAAGUGGAGCCGAUAGGAGGGAAAUCUGGAAGUUUGGGCGACGAGGUAGCGGCAGCUUGGAUGAAAAGGGAGAUAGCAGGCUGGAAGGCGGAGGGGGCGACUUUUGACAAGAAAGAAAGGCGAGACUGGGGAUGGUAUAGAACCAAGCUCAAGAGAAAUGCCGGACGAAUGGAGUGGUGACUCGUGAGACGCUCAUUGCAAUGACUCGAGUUGUGGUUCCGAGAGGUAAUCCAGCGCCUGGUUCGUCCCAGCCACCGAGAAAUGUUGCUACUUCCACUCCUGGGACUUCGUCGUCAGUACCACCGCCACCUCCUCCUUUGCCGCCAUCGUCGACUCUCAUUUCUCCUUCCGGCCAGGAGGCCGCGGAGAACAAAGCUGAGGGAACUUCGAGUUUCCUGGAUGGAGAAAGCAUCGAAAAAGCCUCACAGCUGGGAAGUCGGUUUGCCGGCCUUUGCAUUUCUUCCGAAGAGUCGAGGAGCGCUGGAAAAGCUCCCGGCUCGGACCAGGAGAAUGCAAAAGACUUUGCUGCUCAGGUGACAGAGGCAGUGCAAAGUCCGAGCGUUCCGGCAGCAGCUUCCGAGUGUGGUAACCAAGAACCGCCUAGAUCUAACGCAGGAACUUCGUCAUCAACUAGAGUUGGAACAGGCUCAAGGCGUGCCACAGUUCCAAGGCCAGGUUUUGCUGCUCAGCGAGUCAGGAUCUCGCCAACGAGCUCGCAUUCCACGUCUCCUAGAGCACACGCGGGGGAGGGCGAUGGAUACAACAGUGCUGACGAAUCCAGUUCCUGGUCUGCAACGCCUGGAUUUGAGGAAGAUGAGGACAAGGAAAGCCAUUUCGAGAUCGAGCUCCGGCGGGUGAAAGGUUUCGAAGUGAGGAGAAUGGUUCCUGAUGGCAACUGUUUGUUCCGUGCUGUGGCUGAUCAAGUCUAUGGCGAUCCAGAAAUGUUUGGCGAGACAAGGCAGAUGUGUAUAGAUUACAUGGAAAGAGAAAGAGAUCAUUUUUCACAGUUCAUUACAGAAGGCUUUACUACGUACUGCAAAAGAAAACGCAGAGAUAAGGUUUAUGGCAACAACCUCGAGAUACAGGCAAUGGCUGAAAUGUACAACCGGCCAAUUCACAUCUAUUCGUACAGCACAGAUCCUAUAAACAUAUUUCAUGGACAGUAUGAAACUGACUUGCCGCCAAUCCGGCUAAGCUAUCACCGUCGAAAUCACUACAAUUCGCUUCACGAUCCAUCACGGCCUGCUGUUGGAGCCGGACUUGGUUUUGGAAGCCUGCGUGGUAACAAUGUUGACAGAGAUCAGGUGAAGGCUGCUAUCCGCGCACAACAGGACCAACAGAUUGAAAACGCUCUUUUGGCCGAAGGCCGGUUCUACUCCGACUUGGAACUGACCGAGCAAGAGAUCGAAAGGAUGGUGAUGGAGGCGUCUCGAGCGGAGUACCUCGCCGAGGAGCACCACCGGCAAAUCACGCACUCGUCCGAGGAGACGUCCUCUUCGGCCGCGGGAGGACCAUCAUCAUCUGGAGCGUCGAGGGGAUCUGGAAGCGCUGGCGGUUCUCACGUUGGUGGAUCAGUAAGUCUCACAGACUCUGCCGCGAUAAACAGGAGUAGCAACGUCCGCGUCCUCCUGUCCAUGGGAUUUAGCUACUUCCGGGUGAUGGAGGCGUGUAGCAUCUUCGGGGACGACGUGAACAACAUGCUGUGCUACUUGCUGGAGACGGAGGCUCUCAAGGGGGAGAGCAUGUAUAGGAUGAAAGGGAAGGCCGCCGAGAAGUAGUAUCUAGUGCCAUGGCCGGGACUUUAGCAUGGAACUUAGCAUUCGAGGUUGAAAGCUCUUCUCAGGAUUUGUGGGAAUGUUUGGCAGGAAGACGAUGAAGACUGUGGCAGUAAGAGACGCUGUGAUUGCGCAAGAGAAGUAGAAAAAGGAGAAAGGACCUUUGAUCAAUAAAAGCUCAAACUUUUAA